CAUUUAAUUUCUUUAACUACACGAGCCUACCGUGCGAGUAAGUCAUAUGACACGUGGUGAGAUUGGUUGUUCUAGAGAGACAUUCACGGGAGCACUUCUGCCAAUCGCUUGUAGUUUACCGGCGCGUUUCUCAGGUUUCAUCGGGAUUCAACCAGUUCCCUAGAGCUUGCUGAGAUCUCUGUCGAUUUCUGUCGUUUGUAGUACUACUGCGAUGGCCGUAAAGAGUGUGGAGAAAAUAAAAUCGAAGAAAGGGAAGCUAACAUGCUAGCUUUGGCUGCCUCCGAGCCAGGAGCGCCGACCUCACGUCCGCACAGUGCGGGGACAGAUGAACAACUAACGGGCGUAUUUCCACAAACAACAGAAAAAAGGCGAAAUUCACCAACCAAGAAAUCACUUAAAAGAGGGACCAAGAAUCUUUCGUAAUAUAAGCUUAAUUUUUUCUUUAAAGUAAGAUGUGAUAUUCUCAUUCAGAGAAAAAGGGGAUACGUAGAUAAUUAUUUCUUUUCUGCAUACAACAUGGGUCUCUUCAGCAAUGUAACGACAUUUGCGGGCCAGAAUUACAGCAAAUUGAAAAAGGACUGUCUAAAUAGAGGAGAGAAAUUUUCGGAUCCAAAAUUCCCGCCACACGAUUCGUCUCUGUUUUUCUCCAAGCAGCCACCGGGGGUCAUCACGUGGAAAAGACCCCAUGAAAUUGUGGACAAACCUCAGCUGUUCGUGGAAGGAGCGAGUGCCAAUGAUGUCACGCAGGGUCAGCUGGGCAACUGCUGGUUCGUGGCCGCAUGUGCCUCCCUUGCUGGGGUCAAGGAAUUGUGGCAUAGGGUGAUCCCAGACUACAAGGACCAGGAGUAUGGCGAGCUCCACCCCGGCAUCUUCCACUUCCGCUUCUGGAGAUUUGGCGAGUGGCUGGAUGUGGUUAUCGAUGACCUCCUUCCGACCAUUGAGGGGGAACUUAUCUUUGUGCACUCGAGGGAGAAGAAGGAAUUCUGGUGUGCGCUGCUCGAGAAGGCAUACGCUAAGCUCCAUGGUUCUUAUGAAGCCCUUGAGGGCGGCAACCUGAGUGACGCCCUCGUAGAUCUAACCUCAGGCGUAUCUGCACAUCUGGACCUGACUGUGGGUGGGUAUACGGACGACUUCGAGAAGCGCAAGCAACUCUUCAAGAUGAUGGUGAAGGAAAUGAAUGAACACGCCCUCAUGUGCUGUGCUAUAACUACUGGAGAGAACUUCACAGGGCCCCACUCCCACGAGGAAGCCGAGAUGAGAACAAACGUGGGCUUGGUGAAGGGCCACGCCUAUGGCAUCACGGCAGUUCGGAAAAUCAACAUCGGUGACACGGGACUUUUCUCAAUAUUCAAGGGAGCGCAGAAGAUCCGCAUGGUCCGCCUCAAAAACCCAUGGGGUGAACGCGAGUGGAACGGAGCAUUUAGCGAUGGUAAAGAAAGGAGUGGAUUUGUGUACACUACCUCGGAACUGACCAAAAUGUACUCCAGAUCGCCAGAAUGGUCAAAAGUCUCGGCAUCAGAGAGAGAAAAAUUAGGACUGACUUUUGAAGAUGAUGGAGAGUUUUGGAUGACAUUUGAUGACUUUGUGGAGCACUUCACCGACCUCUCUAUCUGUUUCCUUAUCAACACCAAAGUCUUCAGUCUUAGCAAAACGUGGCAUGAAACUGUCUUUAUGGAUGCAUGGACCAUCGGCAUUCGGGGCCACAACUCAGACCGGGCGGGAGGCUGUCCAAACCACAAGGAUUCUUUUUUGCGUAAUCCACAGUAUCGGUUUGAUAUCAGGGAGGAGAGUGAUGAUGUUAUAUUCCAGCUGAUGCAGAAAGACACUCGUGAUAGGAAGCAGGAGGGGAUCCAGAACCUUGUCAUUGGAUUCCACAUAAUGAAGGUCGAGGAAAACAGGAAAUACCGUGUUCACAGGAUACAUGAGAGUAUAGCCACAUCAGACUACAUCCGCACACGUGCAAUAUUUCUGCGUGAACAGUUGAAACAGGGACGCUAUGUUCUCAUACCCACUACGUUUAAGCCUGACGAAACUGGAGAAUUUAUUAUGAGAAUGUUCACAUCCAAGGAUGCCAGUGCAAGAGAGCUCAUUUUGGAUCAGCCUCGAAUCCGCUGGUAUUCCUGUGUCAAAAAGCCAGUCCUUGUGACCACCAUCACUGUUAAAGGUGCUUUUAACUUGGAGAAACAGUCAGCAUUUGGAGGAGAGGCUGAUGCAUAUUGCAUAAUAAAGUGCGAGGGUGAAGUGGUGAGGACGUUGGUAGAGAAGGGAACGUCCGACCCCAAGUGGGACACAACGGCCAUCUUUUACCGCACUAAACCUGGACAGCCAAUCGUGCUUGAGGUGUGGAACAGCAACCUGCUAAUGGAUGGAUUUAUCGGCCGAGCGGAAGUGGUGGCUCCCAUCAAUCCCAAUGUAACACAGGUGGAACUUCCACUGUUUGGGCGAAGAAAAGAAAAGACGCUAGAAAAGCAGGGAAAGUUGGUAGUGCAGGUUUAUAGUGAUGAUGAUCUCACAAGCAUUUGAUUUUAGCUCUGUUAUAUCUUGGGUGUAUUAAAGUAAAAUGAAAUAUACUCUGUGGCUUUUAAGAGAAAUCUUGUAAAUGUGCUCUUAUAGGGCACAAAAUCCUUUACAUAUACAUAUACACUUGACGUUAAAGCAUCAAGUGAAAAGAAGAAAUGGAAUAAAGCAUCAUAAGAUCUUACAGAGAAAAAGAAGAAAGAGAAAUGUAAAAAGCAAAUGUAUGGAAUUCUUUGUGUGCACUGUAAUGGAAGGCAAAAAUAUAUGUUCAGUUUUUUUGUGUUUUUUUUCUGAGUAUUUGUAUUACUGUAAUAAAUAAUUAGUAGGUGAUGUGGAAGGAAGAUCUUUUCACAUAUUUAGAUGCAUUGUAAGUGUAGUGAGAAGCACUUUUCAAGGGGAUGGAGCAGUACCAGUGAAAUUUGUGACAGAAAAAGUACUGUAGUAGUUUUGUUGUAAAUCAUUUAAAAUCAAAUUUGGAAAUAUUGAUAUUACUUGUGCAAAUAUGCUAAACUGUGUAUAUAUAAAUAUAUUUAUUGUUUAUGUUUCCUAAAUAUAUUUGACUUAUAAAGACCAGAAGUUUUCACAGAUAAUACAUUUAAAUAUUAACUGUCUGUCAGGAUGAAUAAGAUGACCCUAUUAAAUGUCCUUAAUUCAAGGAAGGAAGAAGAUUUUUGUCCUUGGGUCUUGUCACAGUGGAUCAGAACACUGAACAGGUGUAUGUUAGUAUCUUGCGGCUUUUAUGCCAAGUUUAAAAUCAAAGUGAAAAUGAUAGCACACAAUACGAGGUGCACAAAACUCAAAAUGCAUUAAUGUUCUUUUGUUAUAUGUCGAGAGGUUUUCUCUUUGUGUAUUACUUUUAGUUACUUUUGUAAAGAAUAAAUAAAAUAAAUGAAUAUAGAAAAAAAAUUAAA